AUGGAUUCCAUCGGCUGGCGGUACUACAUCACCUAUGUCGUGCUGCUCGCGUUUGAUUUUGUGGUCGUCUACCUGUACCUGCCAGAGACGGCCAACUUGAGUCUGGAGGAAGUGUCGGGAAUUUUCGAUGGAGAUAAUGCUCUCAUCAGCUGGAAGGGGGUUCGCAGAGUAAGCAAGCGGCAGCGCAUGGAUAAUGCGGCGAGAUACACCGAGAGUGCGUUUGAGCAGGUUGCUACCGCCAAGAAGGGUAUUGAGCUUGUUGAGCAUGUUGAGCAUAGUCAGAAUCAGUAUAAUGGACGCGGGCCCUAA